CGAUCCCAGCACGCUGGGAUCAUGACCUGAGCCAAAGGCAGCUGCCCAACCAACUGAGCCAUCCAGGCGUCCCUUGGUUGCAUUUCUUAAUAGUCGUAUAGUUUAGGACCUUUGUAAGUAGCUCACUCAAGGUAUUGUUCAUCAUAAAAGAAUCUUAAUAUUUUGAAAAGCAUGCCAUAGUGGAGUAAGAAUAAGUUGAUUAUAGUAUUAGAAGUACUUGUUGAAUUUAGAAAACAGAAUUUUGGGGUUUCUGGUUGCUUUUUUAUUGUUGUUCCAGCUAGAAGAGUAGUAAAAAGGAAACGUUAGCUUUGGUUUGGUUUGAGGAACAGAACAACAGCAGAGAUGAGAAGGUGAGGAGACUGGAAAGUAAAUACCAAUAGUAUUGGUAGUAAAUCUGGGGAGUGUUCAUUUGAAGAGUUGUAGUUCAUUGGUAGGAGGAUGAAAAUUAACAGUGACCAAAGAAUGGUCAUAGGUAAAGGCCAACUUUUUUUUUUUUUUUUUUUUUUGGUAGAGACCAACUUUAAAGGCAGGCAGAUUAGGGUUUAUAAAUGGACUCUUUUUCGUUGUCUGUGAGAACCGAUUAGGAAAAUAAGUAAAGUUCUAGUUUCUUGAUUGUUCCCUUAAUCUGUCAGUAGGGUGUUGAUGAUGGUUAGCUUGCUUUCAAAUACCUAGACUGGAAGGUGUUAACCUUUGGCAGCUCCAAAGCUCUAUAAGUGUACAAAAUUUUGUGUUUGUUUUCUUUUUGGUGUGGAGUAUCUUUUUAAGUUUUAUCCUAUUUUCAGAGUAGUCACAGGACCAUAAAAGGAUUAAAGAAGGAUUAAAGAACCCUGAUCUAGAUCUUUGCUGCUUCCUCCUUAGAGAAUCCUUUCAGAAAUAAGUAAGACUUAAAAAUAUAUUUCAAGGCUAACAUGUCCUGAAACUUAACUUUAAGAAGAAAGAAAUUUUCUAACAUUUUAACAGAUUCAAUAGCUAUCUUAUUAAAUGCUUUGAUUUUGAUUGAAGUAGCUUUUCUGAAAACAUGGGGAUUUUAAUUUGGAAUUAGAUAAAGAUUGUUUAACAAUCAGCGAGUUUAAGUUACAUGACAUUCUAAUUUUAAUAAUGACUUUUUAAUCAUGGAUCAGUAAUUUCUUUUUGUUAAAUAUGUUGGUAUCAUAAUUAUAGUCUAGAUUCUUUUAUGAUCAACCAUGAUUUUUUUUUUUUUUUUUUUGGUGAAGCCUUUAUAAUUUACAAUUUAUGGAUUAUAAUUUUCAGUGGAGGUAAUAUAUAAUGUCUGAGUUUUACGCUACCCAAGGAGUUACUGUUUCUAAAUUUAAAAGAACACUUUUUAGUUGGCAGCAUCAUUUCCCGAUUUUUUUGUUAAAGGAAAUAAAUUGGCAAAUACAUAUAUUAAACGGUUCUCAUGAUAGCCAGAUAUUCUCUGUAAAGAUCCUGCAACAGUUCUCAGUUUAUAGAUGGUGUUCAGUAAGUGGUGGCCUGUUAAAAUAUGUAGUAUGAAAGAUACGGUACUUUCCUACACUAAUUUAUACAGUUUAUACUCUAUUACUUGAACUUAGCGUAGUCUAACAAAUUUUGGUAUAAAAGUGAAUCAACUACCAAAUUAAAUGCAUGUGUACCAUACCGAUAAUUUAAUAAGUAUUUUUUCAUAUUGAGAAGUGACUUGCAUUAGUUUUCCCUUUUCACCAGCACCUCUUUGUCAUUUUGACCCUAAACACUUAAUAAAUCACUCCUAAAUUGAUCAAAAUAUGCUUAUGUAUACUUUAAUAUAAAAUUAUAUUGCAUGGCUUUCUGACUUGGGUUUUUGUUGUGAAAGUGCCUGUUUUGUUCAUGUGUCCUGAGAGAACAAGCAUUGUGACAUACCUGGCUAACUUAAAAGCAGAUUGCCUGUGAAGCACAAUUUGAGUCCCAAUUUUUUGAGGUAUGGAGUUUUAGCUAUCAUGGCUGGGUUUUUUUACUCAAUCUCAAAUAAUAGGGCUCUGGUUAUUUUGCAGAGUAUCUCUGAAGAAUGGACAGAAUUGCCCUGGCUAACUACAAGCUACGGUUCACAGUGGAUAAAUAGAUGCCCGAGUGGUAAAAGACAUGGCAACAGGAAAGUCUAAAGGAUAUGGCUUUGUCUCCUUUUUCAACAAAUGGGAUGCCGAAAACGCCAUUCAACAGAUGGGUGGCCAAUGGCUUGGUGGAAGACAAAUCAGAACUAACUGGGCAACCCGAAAGCCUCCAGCUCCAAAGAGUACAUAUGAGUCAAACACCAAACAGCUAUCAUAUGAUGAAGUUGUAAAUCAGUCUAGUCCGAGCAACUGUACUGUAUACUGUGGAGGUGUCACUUCUGGGCUGACAGAACAACUAAUGCGUCAGACUUUUUCACCAUUUGGACAAAUAAUGGAAAUUCGAGUCUUUCCAGAUAAAGGAUAUUCAUUUGUUCGGUUCAAUUCCCAUGAAAGUGCAGCACAUGCAAUCGUUUCUGUUAAUGGAACUACCAUCGAAGGUCAUGUGGUGAAAUGCUAUUGGGGGAAAGAAACUCUUGAUAUGAUAAAUCCUGUGCAACAGCAGAAUCAAAUUGGAUAUCCACAAGCUUAUGGCCAGUGGGGCCAGUGGUAUGGAAAUGCACAACAAAUUGGCCAGUAUAUGCCUAAUGGUUGGCAGGUACCUGCAUAUGGAAUGUAUGGCCAAGCAUGGAAUCAGCAGGGAUUUAAUCAGACACAGUCUUCCGCACCGUGGAUGGGACCAAAUUAUGGAGUGCAGCCACCUCCAGGACAGAAUGGCAGCAUGUUGCCUAAUCAGCCUGCAGGGUACCGAGUGGCAGGGUAUGAAACCCAGUGAAAAAGGACUCCAUAAUCUAAAGCCAGUGGCUUGAGGCUACAGGGAGUGUAGUAAAGCCGUGUUUACUUAAAGAUUUAUCAAAUCAGUCAGUGCAAAUGUCAGAUACAAUGUAUUUAUUUAAAAGAUUCAUUUUUUAAUCAUGAAAUUACUUAUCAUCCACAUUGUUUUAAAAAGAAACAAGAUGCUGGAUGUCUGCCAAUUUUUGCCUUCAUUACCUUUUUUGAUAAAGUUUCUCAGAUCCUUGUUUCAAAUACAAAUGCAGGGAUUGCUGCCACUUUUUUAAAAUUAAGAGGCAGAAAAUUGCACAAUGUUGAACUUUUUUCCACUAAAGUAGUGUGCAGUUCUAGUUUGCAUUCCUGAUAUGAUUUAAAACAUGUAAUAUAAAGAUGUCAAAAAAAAUGAAGAACCAAAACUGUGCAAAGUCUAGAAGUUCUUUGUAAUCUUCAGCUUGUGCACAAUUCUGUUUUAGGUUUGUUUUUUGUUUAUGUUUUUGUUUUUUUAAGCAUUGUUUGAACUGUCCGAUCUCCACUGUUUCCCUUCAGGGUUUUAAAAUAUAAAUUAUUAGUUUACAUCAUUUUUGUAACUACAUUUUUCACAAAUUUGUCUUGCCUUAUUAAAUUUCUGUAAAAUAUACUUAAAUGGGGAAAAAAUGAUGUUCACUUAGAUUGAAAACUUUUCUCAGAUGGAUUGAUAAUUGCAUUCAUUUUGUGUUUUAUAUGAGAAGGUGCCUCAAGAAUUCCCUCUUGGAUUUGUUUAAAGGAUUUUUAUCUUCUCUGAUAAACUCUGCUGUGUACCAGGAAAUAUAAAAACAAAAACUUGCUACUUAAGAAAAUCUCUGAAAUGUGAGAAGUUUUUAUGAGCCCAUGUUAAUUUCAUGUGUCAACUUCUACAUUUACAUGUAUUGUUUCAUUCUGUAAAAUGUUUAGCAAUUUAAUAUUUUGCACAGUUAGCAAGCUUUGUAUGUCAUUUCCUUCUUAAAGGCAUCAAUCAUGCAGAGUUGACAGGAGAUUUCUAAGGUUUUAAGUUGUUUGCAUGUGAAUAUCAAAUACACACUUUGGUAGUCUUUGAAUACAAAGUCAUCUGCUCUUGUUUUUCAAGAAUUUUGAGACACAAAGUUGUAUGUAAAGGAAUAUAUUAAUUUGCCAUUUUCUAGUUAUAUUUACUCAAAAAGAGUAAAUCAACUUAGUUUUAAUAUGUACAAAUGACAGCUGUGAAACUGUAGAAUAUCCUAUAUCAGGCUUGGAGUUCAUUGUGAACUUCAAAAUUAGCCUGAAGGACCAGCCGGGCAAAGCAUUUUUUAAAUGUUCAGAGGCCAAAAGAUAAACAAACAAACAAAAAAACCUUAAAAUCCUACCUCCUUAAACAGCCUUCAAAGAGGAGAAUCCUCAGUGCAAUCAUUAUUUUGAUUCUUUUGGUACCUGUUUCCUGGAGUUCCCAAUCUUUUUAUUUUGGGGUGGCUCCGAGCAUUAAGAGGUUUAAUCUUUGAUGGCAUUGUUCUAGUUUUGAAAUUUCUAGUACAUUUCAGAGUCUCUUAGAAACGUUGUGGGAGAUUUUUGUUUUGUUUUCAGUGAAAGUCACAAACUUUCUUCUUCCUUUACUCACAAAGGGGAAGAGUCCCCAGUAUACUUAUUUGGAUGGUUUGUUGUUUUUAAGACCUUCAGAGAGCUCCUAGCAUUUAGCAGCAGAAAAGGCCUGUGAAAUCUUCAGUUUCCUGGCCUUGUCUCUUCCAGGUAGGAGCAAAUUAAACUGGUCUCUAAAGCCAAUAUUCAUGUAAACCAGAGCCCAGGAAAGACAGCUCAUAAGUGUAUAAUUCUCUGGAGCUCAAUUCUAUGCAGUUGUACUGAUGUUUCAUUAUGUCACUGUGUAUUUUUAAUUGUUGAUACAUUAAAUGUUGCUUUAUGGAAGAUGAGUAAAUUUUUUAAAUACUUGGGAAUUUUAUUUCCUUGUUAACGUCUACAGAUCAGGGCAUGCAACCAGAAGCAGCUUAAAUGAAAUACUCAAAAAAUAAAAUAUCAGGAAGCUAUUUUUAGAUUCUUCUGGUUUAUGUUUCUAUUUUAGGACCCUCAUUAUUUUUCUUACUCAAAAAUAUUUUAUUUCCUAUACAUUCUAUGGACUGCAGGGUAAAUUAUUUGGGCAUAAGUAAUUUAAGCAAAAGUAUAGUUUUUCUUUCAUUUUGGCUUUCUCAAGUAACAUUUUUUAUUAGCCAGUAUAUUUUCUUAUUGCACAAAUCUUAAAGUGUACAUUAACUACUUUUUGAGAAGAAAGUGGUAUUUCUCAAAAAGUUACUACUGAACAAAUUGACAUUUCAGAAACAUUGCUAACUUUGGUUUAAAUCUUACUCAUAGUGUUAAAAUCAUUUAAAGAUUUUUUUAGUCUAAAAAUAAAACUGGUAUUACUACCAGGUCAGGAAAUUAAAGUUUUAAAAAUGGUUUCGUUCUCUGCAAUAUGCAUUCAGAUUUUACUAUAAUAUUAUCUGGUACUGUAAAGAACCUGAAGUGAUUCACACUUUAAUGGGUCGUUAAUUCAGUAUUCUUUGCCCUGUUUGGAUAUUAAAGUUCCUUUAUGUUUUCUAUAA